UCCGCUCCAACCUGUUGGGUAUCCGACGAAGGCGCGCUCGCGAUCCCGGAUCCCCCAAACGCUCUCACACAGCGCCCAAGUUAAUGACCAAGCACAAGGAGGCGAAAGGGUUGCCCAGCCGGUGAUAAAUCGCACUCAGAGCUUCUAUCGAGUCCCCCGUACUGAACGGUCUUUCGGCCCAUUAAUUGUAAAGUCUGGCGUCAAAACAGCACAAAAGUAGUUUAAUGAAGAGCCGCCAUCAAUUCCGCAGGCGUUUUAGCUUGCAGCCUUCGUUUCUCAAAGAAGAACCCGAAGAAGAAAGGCAUUCUAACAGGGUUUUCAGGUCGCAGAAGAGCGAGGAUGCCGUGUCGCCGGAGAAGACGGACCACGUCGUCGGCGUCGGCAGCGUCUCGCCCGUCGGCAACGUCCGCUACAAGAUAGUUGUAAUGGGCGCCGCCAAAGUCGGCAAGUCUUCCAUCAUCACGCAAUUCCUCUACAGCUCGUUCUCCUCCAAAUACAAGCGAACGGUCGAGGAGAUGCACCACGGCGAUUUCAACGUGGCUGGAGUGCACCUGGUGCUCGACAUCCUGGACACGUCGGGGGCGUACGAGUUCCCCGCCAUGCGCGCCUUGUCCAUAUCCUCGGCGGACGCCUUCGUGCUCGUCUACGACGUCACCGAUUCGACCACCUUCGAGGAGGCGCGCGCCCUGCGGGACCAGAUCCACGAGACCAAGUGCUCGACCAACGUGCCGAUCGUCGUCGUCGGCAACAAGAUCGACCUCACGGGCGAUCGCGAGAUCGACACGGCCACGACGGAGUCGGUGAUAACGGUCGACUGGGAGAACGGCUUCGUGGAGACGUCGGCCAAAGACAACGUGAACAUCACCAAGGUGUUCAAGGAGCUGCUCUCCCAGGCGAAGAUCAAGUACAACCUGAGCCCGGCGCUGCGCCGCCGCCGCCGCCAGUCGCUGCCGUCGCAGUCGGGGCCGCCUCACACGCCCCAGCACGCGGCCCUGAUACCGUCGGCCGUGCAGCUCCAGCACCUGCAGCAGAUCCGCGACCGCCACGGCAAGAGGAACUCCUGCAUCAUCUCCUAAGGCGGGAGAGGUAUGAGAGACUGGCGGGCGACGCGUAGACGCUCCCGUUUGGAGGUUUUCUGCGCGUUUCAGUAUUCAGAUUUUCGUUGGCGAUUCAUCCGAUGAAAUCGCCAAUUGAGGCAUUAAUUUAAAGUAGGUAAUUAAGCAUAACUAAUCUUAUUCAAUGUGCAGAUUCUUAGUGUGAGGUCCAAACUUUUUAUUUCUCGUUUCGUGAUUAAUAAAAACGGGUUUUUAGGCGUAUAAUCCAAAUGAAUAUUUUUGUAAUAUUUUGCUGGUUUUAUGAUAUGAAUAAAGCCGAAUUUGGAAUGAAACCGCAUCUGCCUGUUAAACGAUGAAUCCGAAUCGAUUUGACAUCGAAAUUAGCCCUGUUGAUUGACUUGAAACUAAUAAAUCAAUCAUAACCGGAAGAAGAAAACGAUCAGUCAAUAUGUUUGCGCAUUAAUAUUCGAAAUUAAUGAAAAACAUAUUAGUUUCGAUGUCAAAUUCAUUUGAUCCAAUGGCUUUUAAAAAAGCUAAAUACUAUACUGCCUUUUUUAACUGGGUGCUUAACAUGAAAAAGUAAUUCUAUAAAACCACUCGCUUAUUUCACCAACUCGUUUUUUUAAUUAAGCACCCAUUCAACACACCAAAAAAAAAGAAUCCAAACACACCAAAUCUACAUCGUACAAUUAAUACGCAACAAACGAUUCCUAUAAUCACACGCCAUCGUGCGAGAACAAAAACAGAAAAUUCCGAACCACCCAAAUCGCUUCAUUCCGCGUUUAUUCCAACCGUAAUCCCGGCAUUGUUCGGACGAAAGUCACGUCGACCGGCCCGUUCGAUUCCCGAUUCCCAUCUACCUGUUAAUUAAAUCCGACGUCGCGCCGCCCCGACGCCGGCGUCGCGCUCAUCCCUCGACGUUCGCGCCAACUUUCGCCCGGAUUAGAAGAGCGACGUCCGGGGGUUUCUGGAUGGAAAACCGCCGGGCGCAAUCUCACCUGUUUCCUUUAACAUUAAUCGCUCAUAAAUACUAAACUACUCGUACGAGUGCUCGAGCUACUCGAUAGUUGCGAGUGCUCGAGAAAUUGCGAUGAGUGAGGGUGUAAAUUAUAACUUGGGGUAGGAGGAUUUUGGUGACGGGUAGGCAACACUUUAUAAGCGAAUUGUUUAUUUAUUCAGUACGGUUCGAGGUGGAGGAGAAGGUCACCUAAAUCUUACAACCCCAUUAUAUCCCAUUAACUGACAUAAAUUCAGUUAAAUUUGACCUGCACGUGGGCGAUUUCCCGCCGGUUUUCCUCGUAUUCCAAGUGGCGCAGUCGGAAUUUUGUGUGGUAUUCCACAGUUACAAAUUGUUGCCAUUCGCAUAGUUUUGGAUACCGCACGUGCUUCCCUUGAUGGGCUCGAGAUGCCCUAGCGGACGGGGAAAGGGGGAAAAUAUAGCUUUUAUGGUGUAUUCGGGUAUGUUACAUGCCCAUCCAUUUUGCAUUUUAACUUACUAGCACAGGGAUGUUUCUUGUGCUCAAUGCUCGAAUUUACCGCGUUUUUGGGACACCUUGUAGGUAUUUAUACAAGUUAGAACAAGGACUUAAUGAAGAACACAAACAUUGAUUUAAACUUACCGGCUAUGAGCUUGAAAAUUGACAUAUCUCCGAGCACAAUUUCAACGGGGAAUUUAGAACACGGUGACUUUUACAUUGCGGCAAUUUAGUCGCAAUGCGUUGUGUAAAUGCAGUGGACAAUGACGAAUUGCAUUUAGUUGAAGCGCCGUUUUUUUGUACUCGGGCACUGGGUGAUUGCGCGUCAUUCGAACACCAAGGGCUGAUCAACUACUCUGCACUGAUCCUUGAUUCUUCCAAAGUAUUUAACAAAAAAAAAACAUUAAAAUCUAGAUUGUAAUUGUAAGCAUGAAUGUCAACGUCAGUAUUAAUAAAUGACACUUCGUAAAGUUACUUACUGAAGUGUUGUAUUCUAAUAACUAAAAACAACCGGUAAAGUAUCCACUGAAUUUGAAUUAUUACUUAUUAAUUUGUGUAAUUUGUUUUAAUUUGCACAAAAAUAACAUAUUUUUACAAUAUUCGCCUAUAAACUAUCAAAAUGUCACACGUCAAAAUGCGCGAUAUUAUGUCAAAAUGUCAAAAUAUCAGAAUUACCAUCGCGAUUUUUUUAAAUUAAACCAACUUAUUAUUUCACGCAUGCAUGUAUAAUUAUUUUCGUUCAAUUUAUUUAAUAAUAGCGCUUUCAUAAUUAAUUCGUAUUUUCUUUAUGAAAAUAACGUGCAGACUUAUCUUGCAGACUCCGUGACAACGCCAACGCUGUUUAUGAAUUAUUAAUUAGAAAUUAAGACAGUCAUUAAAGGGCUGUUUGGAAAAGAUAGAGAUGGGCGUUUCUGUUUCAACGUGUUACUUUAUUGGUAAUUCAAAUAUUUGGAAGAAACUAAAAAAAAUACUAAUUGCAUAUUUUUGGUUAUUAGAAUAUUCUAUUGUAGACUGAGGUAAAUUAUAACCAAUAAAAAAUGAUCAAUUUCAUUAGGGACUAUUAUAUAAUCAUAUGUAUUUAUAGGACGAUAAUAUAAUUGUAAACAUAGAUCUUUUAUAUCUCUUUAAACUAUCUUGAAAGUUCGCGCAAUUUAUUUAAACUAAAAAUCGUAACUAACAAUUUACCCACAACACAUUAUAGGCUAAAUAAAUUGCUUGGAGCGCAUAUUGAAUUUAAAUAGAGCUGUAUUUAUACAGGGUGAUUUCGUUAACGUUCUGAUAUUUAAUCGAAUCACUUUGCGUUGUUUCUUUAUUGCCUCAAAUGUUUAUAUGUGUUAUAUUUUCCCAUAGUGGUUUUGGUGCAAGUACCGAGAGAAAAUUCGAAUAGGCAAAAAACUCUUCUCCAUUAUCGAAAAAAAAAAUGCUUCAUAUCGGACGAGAAAUACGGGAAUGAGAGUUUAUGACGUUUUUGACGUCAAUUAAAUUCGUUGUCAAUUGAAUUCGACAUUGGAGAAAAAAAGGUUCGAUAAUAGAAAAGAGUUUUCCAUUACGGGCGAUUCUGGUCAUUUAAUAUGCGAAUAAAGGAGAAACAUUUAUGUAUCUAUUUUACAAACAAACUUUUGUACUGGGUGUCCCAAUGGAGUGGCAACUUUAUAAGCUAUUGGGACACCCUGUAUAGGUACGUUUAAAUCAAGAAGGCGCUAAUAAUUAUAUUUAAAUGGCCAGUAGCUUAGAUACCUACUACCUUCUUAAACCAUCUGUACAUUAUCCUAAAAUACAAAUUAUAUAUUUUUCUAUCUUCAAAUUUUUAUUGUUGAAAAUCCGUUCUAAAGCACUUUUAUAAGUACAUAUUAUACUUAUCCGUUGAGUAUUAUUCGUGAUGUGAUAAUUGCUUGUAUUUGUUGGAAUUAUCUUUUUUGCAUAGCACUUUAGCCAAAACGAGCGCAUUACAAACGCAUUUAAAAACCUAAUGGACCCAUUUUUGAAAACAAAAUAAUAAUUUUAAUAACUUUUGGUUAAAAAUAUACCAAUUUUGACGAGAACUUGUAAAAGAAUGGGUCUGUUAAAUGCAAAACAAGUCAUUAUACAGGGUGUUGUUGGUAAGUAUAUAGAAAUUUCGAUGAAAGAAAUAAAUAUUCUUUUUUGUCUUAACAAUUUGUAUUCUAAACACUCUGUAUACGUGGACUGGAACAAAUCACUUUAAACUAAAUUGUAUAAAAAUUAUAUUUGUACAAGUAAUGUUUUUUAUGGGGUUUUUUUGAUACAUUUAAGUCUAUUGGAUGUUUAACGUUAAGCCGUAUGUAAAUUAUUUCUUAUUUAAUUUGAAUAAUUUCAAAAAUAAAUCCUUAAAAAU